UCACUGUUAUCUAACUAAUAAAUCUUUCCACCGUCCUAAAAGGAAAUUAUAAAAAUCGCUAUUGAUUGAUUUGUUUCGGUCUUAUUUAAGCCAAUAUGAUAAUUUGUGAAGAUUUUGCUUUUUACUUGAAACCCGCUUUGAUUAAAUCAAUAAAGUAAUCUAAAAAGAAAACUUUUUCCUUUGAAAGUCAAUUGAUGCUGUGAUUGGCUUAGCAAGUAGGUGUUUCACGCAUUUCUGAUAAGAUAAAUUUUAUAAAAUCAUCCCCUCCCGCUAAGCCGUAAAAUGUAGGGUGACGGCUCUAAUAUAAAAUGGAGCCUGGAAUAUUCUCCCGCAGUUCCAGCUCUUCAGGCAUCAUGAAUAAGAAUUUGGUUGUGGUAUUGAUUGUGAUAGCAGGAGUCGUCUGGGGUGAAGUGCAAUCGUGCACUUCGUGCGGUUCAGAAUGCCAGUCGGCUUGCGGAACGAGGCACUUCAGGACUUGUUGUUUCAAUUACUUGAAAAAAAGAAAUUCCGACUCGCUGGCUAUGGAUCCCAGUCUGCGCUUGGAAUUGUGGCUUGCUAAAUCGCGAAAUCCGUAUUUUCAACAACAGAGGAACUUUUUAGAUUCGUCUUUGGAAAUUCCUGAAACGGUUAAUCACAACGAAGUAACAAAGUAAAUCUGUUUUUGUGUCCUUUUGAAUGACUUCAUCAUAGAAAUGUAUGUAUAUUAUUCAAGUUACAUUGUAUUUUUUGUGUGGGCUGGAUAUUAAUAAACGAUUUAUAAAUAACACAGAA